AUGUUGGAGGUGAACGGUGGACCGGGUGAACUGUUCAGAGCAAUAAUAAAGGAGCAGUUUGAGCGACUGCGCGACUCAGACAGGUUUUGGUUCGAAAAUAGACAGAAUGGGCUGUUCUCCGACGAGGAAAUUGGACUUAUACACAGUACUACACUGAGGGAUAUCAUCAGUGGAACGACAGGGAUAUCUGACAAAUCUCGCUUUCCGACUAAAAUUCCAAUUUUAAUUCUAUUUUGGGUGUUUGUCUUCGAGAAUGGCGACCCUUGCCCACAACCAUUUCAAGUGAAUGCUACAGAUCAGAAGUUCGUACAUAUUCACCUCUGGGACCUCAAUGAAUCGCCACUUCGUUUCAGGACUCGAGCAGUGUAUACCACUGAUGAGGUUCGAUCACGUCACCGAAGUAGAAGGAAACGAGAUAACCUUCAUUUUCACACUGAUAGGGAUAGGCUGCAUUCCACUGAGUAG